AUGGUUUCUUUCACCUCCAUCAUCACUGCUGCUGUUGCGGCUACCGGCGCUCUUGCCGCCCCCGCCACUGAUGUGUCUCUCGUUGCCCGUCAGAACACCCCCAACGGCGAGGGUACCCACAACGGCUGCUUCUGGUCUUGGUGGUCUGAUGGCGGUGCCCGCGCUACCUACACCAACGGUGCCGGUGGUAGCUACAGCGUAAGCUGGGGAAGCGGUGGCAACCUCGUCGGUGGAAAGGGAUGGAACCCAGGAACUGCCCGUACCAUCACCUACUCUGGUACUUACAACUACAACGGCAACUCCUACCUUGCCGUCUACGGCUGGACCCGCAACCCCCUUGUCGAGUACUACGUCGUUGAGAACUUCGGCACCUACGACCCCUCUUCCCAGUCCCAGAACAAGGGUACCGUCACCUCUGAUGGAUCUUCCUACAAGAUCGCUCAGUCGACCCGUACCAACCAGCCCUCCAUCGAUGGCACCAGGACCUUUCAGCAGUAUUGGUCUGUUCGUCAGAACAAGCGCUCUUCCGGCUCCGUCAAUAUGAAGACUCACUUUGACGCCUGGGCCAGCAAGGGCAUGAACCUUGGCCAGCACUACUACCAGAUUGUUGCCACCGAGGGUUACUUCUCCACUGGUAACGCCCAGAUCACCGUCAACUGCCCAUAA